AUGUCAUGUGAUUUGUCAGACAGUGUCAAUGAAGCCAAACUCUUCUUGGUCCUGAUUGUGUUACAAGAACAUCUAGAAGCUUGGGCCCCUACCAUUUUUCUCCUUAUCCUCCUCGUCUCUGCCCUUGCAUCACACCCUUACUCCGACCUUGCUCUUGUUAUCCUCGUCAUCCUCGCAUUCCCCUUUGCCCUCUACCUGUUGCUCCAGCAGAGCCAGUACAUCUGGCCGGACCCUUUCUCUGACGAAGGAUAUCCAUGCUCUGUUGACUGA